AUAUGUAUAUAAAGGCUAGAUGGCUCAAGGCGGAGUCAGCUGUGUCGUCACUUGGCGGCCAUCUUAGGUCAGUGCUGCCAUAGUGCUGCUCCCUGCUGCUGUGGACGGAAGGUGAGUGACAUACGCCAACUAAAAUGCUCGUAACUUGCUGAAUUCUUGACGGAUUUACAAACGGUUUGGUUUUUUACAAACGUUAUUAACGUGGCUAUAAUUCUGGAUGCUUUAACAUGUUUCAUGAAUUUUUUAUUUAUUUUUAGUAUACGUAUUCAGUGUCAUAGGUACAUCUUUGACGUUUAUAACAAACCAAUCCGUUUGAAAAUCGGUAAAAAAUUAAGCAAGUUAUGGUCAUUUAAAAGUACCUGCAUCAUUAAAACUCAAUGCUACGAGUGAGCGAGCGCCCUGUCCUAAGAUGGCCGCCAAAAUGCGGACGUUCCACUCAAUUGGCCAUCAGCGCGGACGAGCCAUCUAGCCUUUAUAUACAUAUCUAUGGAUCUGUCAGCCACCAUUAACUCCAGAAGAAGAAGAAAUCUGACACGAAUGACGACAGGGAGGACGCCCUGAGUGCCUUGUGCAGCCUGAAGAGGACCUACUGACCUAUUGCUACUCUCUUUCUCUCAAUCUCAUCUGAAUAUGGAGCCGUUCUGCAAACAAGACACAGAAAAGAUCUCUGAUAAAGAUAAUAGCACAGAAGUUAUUCCCAACCCUGAACCCAAGACCAGAGAAGAGUUCCUCCAGUAUUCUCUUCGUCUGACGCCGGAUACGAACACGCUGUAUAAGCACCUUCGACUGUCUGAGGGGAACAAAGUGAUCACAUUUACUUACACAGACCAGCAGUAUCCCGAUCAUCCAGACAGAUUUGAGUGUUGUCAGGUGUUGUGUCGAGAGCGCGUGUGUGGACGCUCUUACUGGGAGAUUAAGUGGGGUGGUGCUGUGCAUAUAUCAGUGUCAUAUAAAAGCAUCCGUAGGAAGGAAUGGGGUCAUGGGAGUGAGUUUGGGCGUAAUGAUCAGUCCUGGAGAUUGUACUGCUCUGACUCCAGAUUUUCAUUUUGUCACAAUAACAAAUGGAUAAAUCUCCCUGUAGUGUCCAGUUCUUUCAGAAUUGGAGUGUAUGUGGAUCACGAUGCAGGAAUUUUGUCUUUCUACAGCGUAUCUGACACCCAAAUGACCCUCAUCCACAGCAUCCACACCAUGUUUACUCAACCUCUCUAUCCUGGGUUUACAAUGGUUUCCGUUCAUUCUAAAGUAACGCUGUGUGAUCCAACAAUAUAGAUUGUACAGAAAUUAAACAAAUUGUAUUUUCUAAUAAUAUAUAUUUUUAUUUAAACUCAGGGGCUUACUUGCAUUAUACUUAAACGUGUGAAGCGCAUUCUUCACAUACUUCAUGUUUCAUAUUUUCAACAAUUGCACAAUUAAUGGAGAUAUCCAGAUACAUGUCAAUAUCCAGAACUCUUUGAUCCACACGUCAACAUUUGCACAAUAUAAAUGUUAAUGUAUAAAUUAGAUGAAUGUUAAUUUAUGAAAAUAAACUGGGUCUUAAAGGGGACAUACAAUAAAAAUAUGACGUUUUCCAUGUUUACGUGCUUAUAAUUUGGGUCCCCAAAGCUUUUCAUCAACCUAGAAAAUGUGAUAAAGAUCAACCCAGUAAGUUAGUUUUGGAAAACCAUUCUCUGCAAGCAUGUGAAAAAAUAGAUCAUUGAAGUCUGGCUUCCCUUGUGAUGUCAGAAGGGGACAAUACCACCCCUUCAUCUGAACUAUCCAUCCAGUGCCAUUUAGUGCAGAUCAGCUCAUUUGCAUUUUAAAGGACACACCCAGAAAUGGCACAUUUUUGCUCACACCUACAAAGUGGCAAUUUUAGCAUGAUAUAAUACACUGAUUCUUGAAACGUGAAAAGUGCUAAUUCUGUUGGAAAUGAAUAACAUUUUCAUGAAGAAAAAGAAUCAAUGUUAUAAUCAGGGGGUCCUUUGCACAUAUGUAAGGUUCUUUUAUAGGUUUAUUUUUGAUUAAUUAAAUGAUUAUAUGCUGGCCCAUUGCCUACACAAUCAGCUAUCCUCGGUUAAGAGAUAAUCAUUUCAACUUGAUUAAAAAAGCCACAAGUAAUAAUUAAAUUGAAUAAUAUAUUUACCACAUGAAAGAUUACAUUGUAAUAUGUAUUAAAACUACAAACAGUGAGUUUUGAACAAUAUUUACUAUUAUUUUGUGAUUGCUCAAAAUGUGUCCCACAUAUUCGUCACCACCGUCAGAUAUUUAUAAAAAGCAAUAAAAUCAGACAACUAAAGGGGGUCAACUGCAUUCCUGAGGACCCCAUUUUCAAACCUUCAGCUUUACUGCAUGCUUCAAGAUCACUCAAGCUCCUGUAUGUUUGAUAGUUUCUCUUAAACUUGUUCAUGUUUUUGGACACUGCUACUGUGACAACCAUCAACACCUUCAUCUUUGUGUAAAAAAUAUUAGAUUAGAUUAUGAAAUAAAUGUAUAAUUUUUAAGAAGAGGUCUGAAGUAGCUAGCACAGAGGGGAAACAAGAUGGCUAAUGUGAACAACUCAUCUAUUUCAUGUGAAUGAGUAGGUUUUUGUCACCACCGUCAGAUGUCACCACCGUCAGGUUUUCUGUCUGUUCUGUCAGGUUUUAUGUAUUUUAGAAAGUUAUUGAUUUUUGUUCAUCACAAGGCUCAGGAUUUUAAUUUUUUGGACCAAAUAUUUACAUAAAGUUUAAGCAAGAAGCCAUUGACUUGAGUGGUAUACAUUUUUGAAU